AUGGCUCCUCCAGCCAAAUCCGCCGAUGCGCGACGCAAGUCAAGCACCAAAUCAACUCUGAUCAUCACUCGCAAAGUCUCCCCCGACAGGCUGCGUGCCGUGAUCGCGCCCGACUCCAUCAAAGAGGAAUCUCCCGUCAAGGACACCACAGCCAAGGCAGGCUCACCUGCCGCGUCCGUUUCUGGCUCUCAACCAGCAGCCAGUGUCACAAAUGGCGACAAUGCUUCAGAUUCAAACGCUGCUACUCCUGUCCCCGAUGUAACUACUGCCGACGGAACACCCGCCCCUUCAGCCAUGGGGCCGCCUACCGAGGGUCCAAAGAAGAAGGGUGUCAAGCGAUCAGCCGCCACUGCCAACGGAUCAAAUGAUGGCAUACCCAAGCCUCGAGGAAAGCCUGGCCCCAAGAAGAAGCCUCGUCUGGAGGACGGUACGAUCGAUCAUUCUGGCACCAAGCCUGCUGGAGGCCACAAGCUGGGACCCAAGGCAAACCAAGGUGCUAUCAAUGCUGGCCUUCGCGCUCUCGAUCGCUCUGGCAAGCCUUGUCGCCGAUGGGCCAAGGGAGGCUUCCAACUCAAGAGCUUUACAGGCGUCACAUGGGAGAUUCCUCGCUGGGUCGCUCCCCAGAAGAAGGCUCCAGAGUCUGGUGCUGAAGAUUCGGCCGCUGCCUCUGCCGCGUCCGCCGAGGGUAGCACCAAGGAAAAUAAGGAGAAUGGCCAAGAGGCCAACAGUGCCAGCAACAGCAACAGCGGCAACGACGUCGAGAUGCAAAGUGCCCCCAGCAACCACGCCUCAUCGCCCGCACCUCUGGCUAUCGCAGCUGCCUCAUAG